AAGACCCGUUAGAUAUUUUAUAACAUGUGAUUUCUAAAGACUGGUAACGACUUCCUCAUUUGUUCAAUCUUUGUACACAAAUGUAAGAUUAUGUAUAUAAAACCGGUCGACGUUUAAGGAUGACACAGAAACUGUAUUUGUGGAUGAUGGAGAGCAGAAGAAAGUGUAUAGUAAUCCCGUUGGUAGCUUGUGCCGUUGUGUUGAUCUUUCUCGUUUUUCAAACGACAUCUAAUACGUUCCGAUUUUUUGAGGUACUCAAUUAUCAGUAUUUCAUGUCUAAUAGCAACUCGACGAAAAAACAGUCAAUAAACCAGAUAGGAAAAACCAUACCAGCUCUAUCAAGCAAAGCUUUUAUAAAGCAAGUCAAUUAUACUUCCACUACUAAACGGUUGCAAACAUCGACUGUUAAUCCUACACUUGCCAAUCUCACUCAUUGUUUAUGUCCGGUGUUGAUGCUGGGCUUAGGAAACAUGAUGUUCCAAUUUUCAACACACUUUGCUGUUGCUAGGUCAAAAGGUAUGCGGUUAAUUAUCCCUAAACAUUCGGAGUUAAAUCGUAUAUUCAAACUCCAUGACAUUGAACUAUGGGAUAACAUAACCAUAUGCAGCAAAUUUACUGUCCGACUAGAAAAACAGAACUGUGCAUUUGACAAAAAUCUAUUGAACUUCAACAGUUCUCAAAAUAUAAGACUAUAUCCUUGUCUACAGUCUUAUAAAUAUUUUGACAACUAUACAACUGAACUGAGGAAACAAUUUACAUUUAGAGACCAAAUACCCCAGGAAGCAGAAAAUGAUCUAAAUCAAAUAAUCAAACGACACAAUAUAGGAUCUAGAAGGGAUAUAACUCUUGUCGGUGUUCAUGUACGCCGAACAGACUGGUUGAAUAACCCGCAUGGUUAUAAUGUAGCAACACCACAAUAUAUGACAAAGGCCGUGCAAUAUUUUAAAUCAAAAUAUCAAAAUGUAAUGUUUAUUGUGUCAUCUCUAGAUAUGCCAUGGACUAAAGCUAAUAUGCCUAACAACACAAAACUUGAAUAUUUAUCUAAUCCGAAAAGGGAGGUAAUCGUAGCUACUUUAGCGUUAUGCAAUCAUACAAUAACAACAGUCGGAUCAUUUGGCUGGUGGAUAGGAUGGCUUACGGGAGGAGAAGUCACAUAUUUUAAAUGGCCCGCAGUAGAGGGGACUCUCUUACGAAAACAGUACAGCAAAGAUUACUCGGAUUAUUUCUACCCGAAUUGGGUAGGAAUAUAAACGAUUCCUGUAGACUAAAAUAUUUCUUAAUUCAUUUAAAAACGUUUUAUUUUUAUAUAUAUAUACAUAUAUAUAUAUAAAUAAAAGGUUUUUAAAUGAAUUAAGAAAUAUAUAUUUAAAACACUUGAAGUAAAUACAUGUGUAUAGUGAUACAGCGGUGUGAUCUUUGACUAGAGUGAUUUAAGAUGGUAUUUUGGCACAUGAUAACAUGUUAUCCUUUUUUAAAUUACGUCACAACAGGUAAACUAGCAAAAAAGGAAUAACGACCUCGAUUAUGAUGGCACCCUAAACGGAGUUGGGGUGACAUCUUGU